AUGUGUCACCCAUACCUCAGAUUCCUCAACUCCUCUGAGCCUCUGGCCCCCCACGCAGUCUCUCCACCCAGCCCACCCAGCACUCUGUCCGGGUCCCACUCCCAUCCCCCGUCCCUCACCCCCGUCCACCAUCCAACGUCCCUCACCCCAGUCCACCAUCACCUGUCCCUCACCCCCGUCCACCAUCCCCCGUCCCUCACCCCCGUCCACCAUCCCCCGUCCCUCACCCCAGUCCACCAUCCCCCGUCCACAUCCCCCGUCCCUCACCCCCGUCCACCAUCCACCGUCCCUCACCCCCGUCCACCAUCCCCUGUCCACCAUCCCCCGUCCCUCACCCCCGUCCACCAUCCCCCGUCCCUCACCCCCGUCCACCCUCCCCCAUCCCUCACCCCCGUCCACCCUCCCCCGUCCACCAUCCCCCGUCCCUCACCCCCGUCCACCAUCCCCCGUCCCUCACCCUCGUCCACCAUCCCCCAGCCACUAUCCCCCCGGCCACCAUCCCCCGGCCACCAUCCCCCGGCCCUCACCCUCGUCCACCAUCCCCCGUCCCUCACCCCCGUCCACCAUCCCCCAUCCCUCACCCCCGUCCACCAUCCCCCGUCCACCAUCCUCCGUCCCUCACCCCCGUCCACCAUCCCCCGUCCACCAUCCACCGUCCACCAUCCACCGUCCACCAUCCCCCGUCCACCGUCCACCAUCCCCCGUCCACCAUCCCCCGUCCACCAUCCCCCGUCCACCAUCCCCCAUCCCCCGUCCACCGUCCCCCGUCCCCCGUCCCCCGUCCACCAUCCCCCGUCCACCGUCCCCCGUCCACCAUCCCCCGUCCACCAUCCCCCGUCCACCAUCCCCCGUCCCUCACCCCCGUCCCUCACGCCCGUCCACCAUCCGGCAAAGCCGUCUCCUCCUUUUAGCAUCAACACCUCAGCUACAGGGAGCAUAAUGAGAUUCCACAUGAACAAAACAGCCUCUCUGAGCUGCCGCACCAGCAUGAUGAUGGAAUGA